AUGGCGUUAAAAUGCAAUUGGAAAGUGUUCAUGAUGGUGAAGAUGUGCUUUUUGUGCGGCGUUCUACUUGUCAAAAUAGGACGUGUUAGUCUUCUAGCAGGAGGAUUUACAGAAGAAAAUGGUGACUUGGAAGUCAAGGCUGCGCCUCAACAGAGACAAGAUGGCCGCCAACCAGCUAUUACAAGACAAUAUAUCACUAACACAUGUGUUAUUUUUGUUAAAGGUUUUAUCGGCAGGAAGCUCAGAGAGAUCGAGGAAGACAUGAACUGCACAAUGCCGUCCAUCACCAGCUUCCCACGGACGUUAUUUACAGAGGAGCAACGAGAAAAGGGCGCGAUUAUCAUUGACUUUCUGGCUGCAUUUUAUCUCUUUGGCGCCAUUAGUUACGUCUGCUUCGCCUAUUUUGUCCCAUCCUUGGAAAUUAUCAGUAAAAUGCUAGGGCUUCAGGAGGAUGUAGCUGGGGCAACGUUCAUGGCAAUCGGUAGCUCGGCACCCGAGUUUUUUACAGCUAUUGUAGGUGCCUUCGUAACGCAUGAUAACACAGGCGUCAGUGCUAUCAUUGGUUCGUCAGCUUUUAAUGUGUUCGUCAUAAUCGCUCUGUGUUCGCUUGCUGCUGGUGGGGAUGACGGUCUUCCUUUGUUAUGGUACCCAGUCAUCAGAGACUCCAUUUGCUGGUUAAUGUCGCUCCUUAUAAUGAUCGCAGUGACUAUGGACUCGCUUGUAGAAUGGUGGGAGGGCUUAAUAAUGACAGUAUGUUUUGGCGUUUAUAUUACGAUUAUGUACUUCAACAAGCCAACGUCGGCCUUCGUCCUGAACUGGACAUCCAAAUACUUCGAAACGGAAGGGCGUCCCAUGAGGACCUUCUCAUUGGACGACGAGUCAGAAGAGACUGCGUUUAUUGAUGACGUAAGCUCGCAGGAGAAAGGACUUAUGGGUGGUGGGGACCAUGGCUCCUCUAGGACACUGUAUGGAUCAGAUUUAAAUCGCAGACGGGAUGGGACUGCUUCUUCUGAAGAAAACGUCGAAUCUGACAACGACUCACUUCCUUCCGUGUUCGACCCUCCCAAAUCCACCAUCCGUUUCAUCGGAUGGUUCAUCGGUCUCCCGGUCAUUCUGUGCACGUUCCUGACGGUGCCCGACUGUCGCAAAGCCGAACCGUGGAGGCGCUGUUACCCACUGACGUUCGUCCUCUCUGCCGUGUGGCUGGCCGGACUUUCAUAUUUACUGUAUUGGUUGAUUGUUAUUAUUGGUUUCACACUCGGGGUUCCCGAUACAGUGAUGGGCUACACCGUCUUGGCCAUCGGAACGAGUGUACCGGACGCUAUUGCAUCUCUGUUGGUCGCCAGGGACGGCUUUGGUGACAUGGCCGUCGCAAACAUCAUCGGCAGUAACGUCUUCGAGAUCUUCAUCUGUCUCGGGUUCGUCUGGUUCUUGAAGAGUGUGACCGCCACCCCAGUCACCCCGAUCACGAUCAGCAUCAACGGCCUGGCAGCCACCACCAUCGUGCUCAUAGUGAUCAUGUUUCUCAUAGUGGUCGCUAUCCAUCACAACGGCUGGAAACUGGACAUGAAGAUCGGAAUUGUGUCUCUCCUCUUCUACAUUGUGUUUAUUGGCUGGGCGACACUGAACGCAGAGGGCACGUUCGGGGACGCCUUUACGAUAGGCGAAACGGUAGCGCCGCUCCCACCGUGCCCAGAGAGUUAUUAUGACCUAUAGUUAUGGACGUAACAGUGAUGUCUCUGUCGUAUAGGGCAUUGUACGGACACUAUCGGUAAUUACUCAAAAGAAUUGUUAGCAUAAAAAACUUACUUGGUAAUGAGC